GAGAGGGCCUGACUGCCUCUGAUCCAGCCAGUCAGUGCUAGCUGGGCCUCUGAACCCACCCCACUAUGCUGAGGCCUCUCUGCUUCCCCCCUGGAGAGGGAAACUGGGAGGAAGGGGAUUCUGGAACUGGAUUGGGCUGACUCAGACCAGAGCUGGGGGCUGAGUGGCUGAGCUGGGGAGAGGCUGAUUUCAGAGAUGAUUAAAAAUAUUUGUAUGACUGAUUCCAAGGAGGUGAAGCAAAAGGGCCCCUUUGUCCAGGAAAUAAUCCGAGAGACUGGGCUGUGCUGCAGCGGCGAUGUAGGAGAAAUUCAUGGGGCAGGAGGAGGUCCCCCUCUCACUCCCCUCCUUGGUCCCACUGAGAGCCCUGACACAGGAGAUGUGACUCCACACUGAAGAAGGCAGGGGAGAAGCAGGCACUGAGUCUGUUCAGCGAAUGCUUACUCUGUUCAAGGCACCGCGCUAGAUGCUGCAGGGAUGCUAAGAUAAAUCCCGUCUUUAUCUUGUUCACAACCCUCACAGACCUUCCAGCCUGGUAGGGGAGACACAUGCACGGAAUUUUAACCAUCAAGGUUCAGAGACAGCCAGAAGUCUAGGCUUUAGGGACUCGCAGGAGGGAGAGUCUCUUAGGCAGAGCUGGGUCCUGCUCUUUGCAGUGCUUUUCCCCUUCUCCAGCGUGUAGAAGGUGGCAUGUGUUGACUGGCUGAAUCUGCACUCCUGGAGGUCAGAGAACCAGCACAACUCUUCUGAGCUCCCUACUCUAAAUCUGCUGGCCUCCACGGAUCACUGCCCUAGGUCUGAGUUGGUGUAAUUCUGUGUCCAUACUCACCCUUGCAUUUUCCUGGGAACAGAGACGUGGAUCCUUUCUGGGUGGGAAUGGCUAGUUUCAUCUGGGGCUGGGACCCAGCUGGAGCCUGGCCUGGGAGCCAGGAUGGCCAUCCCCAAAGCCUUGCUGACGUGCCUGGGGCUGCCUCUCUUCCUAUUCUCAGGGGCCCAGGCCCAGAACCAUGUGCCACCUGGCUGCAGCCCGGACCUCAACCCCCUCUACUACAACCUGUGUGACCGUUCUGGGGCUUGGGGCAUUAUCUUGGAGGCAGUGGCCGGGGCGGGAGUUGUCACCACUUUCGUCCUCACCAUCAUCCUUGUGGCCAGCCUCCCCUUUGUGCAGGACACCAAAAAGCGGAGCGUCCUGGGGACCCAGGUGUUCUUCCUGCUGGGGACCCUGGGCCUCUUCUGCCUCGUGUUCGCCUGCGUGGUGAAGCCUAACUUCUCUACCUGUGCCUCCCGGCGGUUCCUCUUCGGAGUCUUGUUCGCCAUCUGCUUCUCCUGCCUGGUGGCGCAUGUCUUUGCCCUCAACUUCCUGGCCCGGAAGAACCACGGGCCCCGGGGCUGGGUGAUCUUCACCGUGGCUCUGCUGCUCACCCUUGUGGAGGUGAUCAUCAACACCGAGUGGCUGAUCAUUACGCUGGUCCGGGGCGGUGGCGAGGGUGACCCUCUGGGCAACGGCAGUGCCACCUGGGUCACAGCCUCCCCCUGCGCCAUCGCCAACAUGGACUUUGUCAUGGCACUCAUCUACGUCAUGCUGCUGCUGCUGUGCGCCUUCACGGGGGCCUGGCCCGUCGUGUGUGGCCGCUUCAAGCGCUGGCGGAAGCACGGGGCCUUCGUGCUGCUCACCACGGCCACCUCCAUUGCCAUAUGGGUGGUGUGGAUUGUCAUGUACACGUACGGCAACAGGCAGCGCAACAGCCCCACCUGGGAUGACCCCACGCUGGCCAUCGCCCUCGCCGCCAAUGCCUGGGCCUUUGUGCUCUUCUAUGUCAUCCCUGAGGUCUCCCAGGUGACCAAGGCCAGCCCAGAGCAAAGUUACCAGGGGGACAUGUACCCCACCCGGGGCGUAGGCUACGAGACCAUCCUGAAAGAGCAGAAGGGCCAGAGUAUGUUUGUGGAGAACAAGGCAUUUUCCAUGGAUGAGCCAGCCUCAGCUAAGAGACCGGUGUCACCAUACAGUGGGUACAACGGGCAGCUGCUGACCAGCGUGUACCAGCCCACCGAGAUGGCCCUGAUGCACAAAGGCCCGUCCGAAGGAGCUUACGACGUCAUCCUCCCACGAGCCACCGCCAACAGCCAGGUGAUGGGCAGUGCCAACUCCACCCUGAGGGCCGAAGACAUGUAUGCGGCCCAGAGCCACCAGGCAGCCACGCCACCGAGAGACGGCAAGAGCUCCCAGGCUCAGUCCCCGCAAAAUAAAACAAGAUGGUAGAAGCCCUCUUCCGGCAUCCCGAGGUCCGGGCUGGGCAGGGCCCAGCACCUUUCCCGUCCUUGUCAUUGGAGCUGGGAGGGACCGGAGGCCACCAACCUGAAGCCGAGGACUGAGCAGGGGGGGGGCCUGAGAUGCCGGAGGUGUGGGGCUGGGGCCCUAGGCCAUUCCCUUUGCUGCCCCUCCCGGCCUCUCCUGAACCCCAAGUGACAAGGCCACGAGGAUCUACAGAACUGGCCAGCCCGCCUCUGUCCCCCUCGGCGCCCUGCCCCCAGUCAGCCCGUGCGUCCCCAUGCUGUGGUUCUCCAGAUGGCCAUCCUCAGAUGCCCCGUCUUCCCACCAUGGGCCUUCCUGGCUGUCCUGGUGUCCAGCAUCAGCUUGUCCCGCCUGCACCUGGGUGUUUGGAGCCAAGCCCUGGCGGAAGUGGGCUUUCUCAUCAGGGCCUCCUGCCACCACCUGGACCGAGGAAGGCCCCCGGGCUGGGACAGCUCAGCCCGAGGCCUAGGCAGACACUGCUUCUCUUCGUGGCCCGUGGGUGCCGGAUCUGAGCCCCUUUGGUGCUUCCCUCACGUGCCCCCGCACGCCAUGGCCCCAUGCCUUCCCCACCUGCAACGAACUGGGGCCCAUUGAGACACAAGGUGGGGCUUGGGGCUGCAUUCUCAGGGGCCAGCUGAGAGUCCUGGAUCACAGGGGCUGGGGGGCUCAGCUGCUCACAGAACUGCGACUCGUGCCAUUGCCUGCCGGGCAGGUGCACAGAUUUCUGCCUCACCUCGGGCACCCCAAGCGUGCUGGCACUGUUCUCUCCCACGACAUGCUCCAAAGGGUCCUGACAGCCACACGGGGAAGUGGAGGUCAUCCUUAGGACCCGAUGAUGGUGGCACUAAGGACAGAGAUGUGCCCAGCUCCGGACUAACAGGAAUGAGAUCUCUAUAGCAUCAUUGUCUCCCGGUUUUGUCUUGCACUUGGGAGCCAGACAGAGCUGGCUGGUCCAGAGGGGCCUCCCCAGGUAUGCCCCUGGAGCUCCGUGCUCAGCGCAGAGUCCCCUCUGGAUGCCCAGGGUGGGAGAGAGAACAAGACCCGGGCCUGACCCUGCCCUCCAUCGACCCGCAGCUCUCCAGCGCCACCCUCCUGCCCCCAGCAGCCUGUGCCUUUGUUACUGGAGAAUCUUUAAAGAGCUAAAUUGGGCUAACACGCCCUACAGAGAGUAGGGCCACACAGCUGCCUGUGACAGCCCCCCUAAAUGCCCCCCAUCACCACUAUUGCCCGAUCACAGCUCCAUGAACGGAGUAUUACUUCCCUCUGAUGGAGGGGAAGAGGGAGCUCUGUGCACCUCAGACUUUUCUUGAUCUAGGUUAGUGGCCCCAAGAUCCCUUACAGUGAAUAAUAAAGGCACUGUCUUGCUUUUUUUGAA